AUGGAAAACCAAUCCCAAUCGCCGCCACCCAAACUCAAAACCUACGAACUAACAGCCUCAUCAAUCUCCUACACCAAGUCAACCACCAUCACCUCCUUAUUCAAGCCAAUAUGCACCCCCACCCAACCCCCCCACAUCCUCCGCCACGUCACCCUCACCGCCCGCCCUACCCAAAUCCUAGCCGUGGUGGGCCCCAGCGGCGCCGGCAAGUCUACCCUUCUCGACAUCUUGGCCGCCAAAACCUCCCCCACCAAGGGAACUCUCCUCCUCAACUCCUCCCCUCUCGUCCCUUCCUCCUUCCGCAAGCUCUCCGCCUACGUCCCCCAGCACGACGCCUGCCUCCCCCUCCUCACCGUCUCCGAGACCUUCCUCUUUGCCGCCCGCCUCCUCAUCCCCAAAGCCUCCGACCUAAACGCCGUCGUUUCCUCCCUCCUAACGGAGCUCAAACUCACCCACCUCUCCGACAUCCUCCUCGGCCACGGCCUCUCCGGCGGCGAACGACGCCGCGUUUCGAUCGGGUUAAGCCUUCUUCACGACCCCGCCGUCUUGCUCCUCGACGAGCCGACCUCCGGCCUCGACAGCACCUCCGCUUUCAACGUCAUGCAGAUCCUCAAGUCCAUUUGCGUCUCGCGUCACCGGACUGUCGUUUUGUCCAUUCACCAGCCCAGCUUCAAGAUCCUCUCCAUUAUCGAUAGCAUACUCUUGCUUUCCAAAGGAACUGUCGUUCACCACGGAACGCUUUCUUCGCUUCAAUCUUUCUUGCUCAGCAAUGGAUUCACCGUUCCCUUGCAGCUCAAUCCACUGGAAUACGCCAUGGAAGUACUUAACCAGCUUCCUGAGUUAAAAGCCAUAAGUGACCCUCCAUCACCUAGUACUACUACAAAUUCUCCUUCUGAUCAUAAUCAUGAUAUUAAAGAGGCAAGAAAUAGUUUUGUGAGAUAUAAAAGCACAAGAAUCCACGAAGUGCUCACAUUGUACAACAGGUUUUGGAGGAUCAUUUACAGAACCAGACAGCUUUUGUUAACCAACACGUUGGAGGCUCUAAUCGUGGGACUUGUUCUAGGAACGAUUUACAUCAACAUCGGAUUCGACAAAGAAGGCAUCGAAAAGAGGUUCGGUCUCUUCGCUUUUACUCUUACUUUCCUCCUCUCUUCCACAACCGAAGCUCUUACGAUCUUCAUCAACGAGAGGCCAAUACUUUUAAGGGAAACUUCUAGUGGGGUUUAUAGGCUCUCGUCCUAUCUGAUAGCCAACACACUCGUGUUCAUGCCUUACUUGUUGGCCAUUGCAAUCAUAUACUCGGUCUCGGUCUAUUUCCUGGUAGGACUUUGCGCUUCAUGGCAAGCUUUCGCCUACUUUGUAUUGGUCAUAUGGGCCAUUGUUCUUAUGGCGAACUCGUUUGUCCUUUUUUUGAGCUCUUUGGCUCCAAAUUACAUUGCCGGGACUUCACUUGUUACAAUUCUUCUUGGGGCUUUCUUUCUCUUCUCCGGAUAUUUCAUCUCGAAAGAGAGUUUGCCCAAGUACUGGCUCUUCAUGCACUUCUUUUCCAUGUACAAGUAUGCCCUAGAUGCACUUCUUAUCAACGAGUAUGGAUGUCUCGUCUCGACGUGUUUUUUGUGGUACGAGGAGAGCAAGGAGUGCAUGGUGACCGGAGGCGAUGUGUUGCAGAAGAGAGGGCUUCAUGAGAGGCAGAGGUGGACCAAUAUUUACAUCUUGAUUGGGUUCUUUGUGUUAUAUCGCGUGCUUUGUUUGUUUGUUCUCAUCAGAAGGGUUUCAAGCUCAAAAAAAUGAAAGAAAUCCCAAAAGUCGAAGUAUCAAUAAAAGUUUCAUUUUUUUUUUCC